UCCGUUAGGUGUCUGGAGAGAGUGACCACCGUGUAAGAAGAGUGCAGGUGACACCCCUGUGACUCAGUGAGGAGGUUGAGCUCUUUAAUCCCUAUGGGCAAUGUAGCCUCCCUGCAAGUAGAGUUCAGGUCUCGCCUUUUGCUGUGAUGGAUUUAAUAACCGUUGGGAUGCUACUCGGUGACCUCCCUGUAAUCGGGGUCUGGCUCACGUCCCUGUCGUUGGUGGGGUUUAGGGCUUGCUUACUAGGCUGGACGCCAGUGACCUGCCUAUAACUUUGGGUUUUGGCCUUUUCUCCCCCCCCCCCCUUUUUUCGGCUUUCUUGGCACUGUGGUGCUCCAGCAAGGCAGUCAGAAAGACCGCUCGCUUCCGAAGUGUUCAGGUCUUGAUUUUUCAUUCAGCGAGGAUAUUGAGCCCUUAAGUACCUUGAGACCGAGUGACCGCCCUGUAAGUAGGGUUGAGGUCUCUCCCCUUGUGAGCUCUAGGUGCUAAACCCUGCUGGCUGGCUAGUUGGCAUGGACCUCCCAGGAACUAGGGUCCAGGUCCGUUCCCUUACACCCGGCUGUCUGACCAGUCGGAUGGACCACCUGAAACUAGCGUUCAGGUCUCUUCCCUUCUUUAAUCCAGGUGAUAGACAUUUAUGGCAGGUGAACUGGUAUGACCGCCCUGGAAUUAGGGGUCAGGUCGCUCCCCUCCUUUUACUUUAGGUCAUAGACACUUAUGGCUGGCUAGUCAGUGUGACAGCCCUAUAACUAGGGUUCACAUCUCUCCCCUUUGAAACCUAGGUAAUAUAGAAUUAUGGCCAGAUAGUCAGCGUGGCCCACCCUGUAACCAGGGUUCAGGUCCGUUUCCUUUUGAAAGCUAAGCAAUAGAGAAUUAUGGCCGGCUAGUCGGCCUGACCGCCCUGUAAGUAGGGUUCAGGUCUCAUUCUUCUCAUCUGUGGCAUAAGCAGGGUGACCUUUUUUGUUGCCUUUUUAAUACACUGUGCCCAUAGCCUUUUGCGGUUAGCUCUUUUUCCGCUUUGGGAAGCGCUGUGUUAUGUGGUAUGUCUGUGUUGGAGAGUGAACGUGAUAUGCAUGGGUGUGGAAGGGCUUUAUUUAUUUUUAUUUGUAAAUCCCUGCAGCUUUUUUUUUUUUAAUUUUAUUUAUUUUGGCUUGGUUGGUUUGUUUGAAUGAGCCCUUCCCAGAACUAGAAAAAGAACUCUCGUUUGUUUUUUAUGGCCCCCGUUUAGCCAUAUAGUGGCACAAUUGAUGGUUUGGGUCUCAUGCCUUAAGGCUGAAAAGGCGUUUGGGCCCCUUGCUUAAGUUCCUCUAGACCGUGUGGUCUCCCUGCAUCUGCGGCUCAGGUCACGUCCCUCUCCCUUCUGGGGCAAUGAUGGACUGCCAAGAACCUUAGGUCUGAGGGACCUCUUUUCCCUUUGAUACGUGAGCCACCUUGUUUAGCGGUUUUUUCCCCCCCCCCCCCGCCCCGUUUCGAGCAUUCAGGUGUUGUCCCUGGCCCUUCCGGCUCUUUUUAGUCCCUUGUCCUUGAGUGGGUGCCCUGUCAUUAGGUGGCAGGUCACAUGACUCGCUUAUUGGGGGUUAGUGAGCCCUUUGGGCACCUAGAGCGGUGAGACCUGCCUGCAAUUAGAGUUCAGAGGUGCCUCAUUUUUGCUUUCACAUGACUCUUCUCCUUUGGCUUCUGAGUCAGUGACCGUCCUGUAGGAAGGGUGCAGGUCACGUCAGUGGGGAUCUGGAGAGAGUGGUACCUAGAGCAGCGAGACCACCCCGUAACUACGGUUCAGAUCGUUCCCCUCUUUUUCUCUUGGGCUCACGAACCCUUGACAGGCUGCUCGGUGUGACCUCCCUGUAAACAGGGCAUAGGUCACUUCUUUCUCAUUUAUUUGGGAUUAGGGGGCCGUCUUGGUCCCCCGAGAGCUCCCUGUAACUUACAGUAGAGACCAAAACCCUUCUUAGCAUAAUGACAUGAUGCUGCUCUUUCAGGCUAGCCAGAGUGACCAUUCUGUAAUUAGGGCUCAGGUCACGUCCCUCUCGCUUAUGGGGGGAAUUCAGGUCUUAAUCGCUUGGGCCUUUGAGAGAGACCUCCCUGUAAUCAGGGUUGCGGUCCUUCUCUUUUUGCUGUUGUGGGAUUCUGGCCCUUUAGGCUCAGCAGAGGGCCCUCCUCCAUGGUUAGGGUGCAAGUCACGUUGGCCUCUCUGAUGCUCCCGGCACAGUGCUGUCCCUCUGGAGUGCCUUUCAAGCUCGCCCUGGGUUCUGCAGCAACGCCUCCUGGGUUUUGCCUCGCUUUUGAUCGUCGGAGUCCAGAGAGUCUGCAACAACUGUUGGUGAAUUCAAGGUUCUGUUCAAACCUUCACCCAUUUACCUGUUUGGUUUUUUUUUGUUGUCGAACCAUUCGGUACAGUGCACCUUGUGUCCGUGACUCUUGCUAUUAAAGUGCAUUUCUCACUGCCCUUCAGGCAUAACGUGCUGCUGAUUUAUUUUAUAGCAAUGAAGCCAGAAACCUGGCUCUGCAGAAGGGCAUCAGUUGAGCCUUUGGCACUUUGGGAGACUUGGAGGCCUGGGCAUCGAGUGUGCCAUCAAAGCGCAUGAUGGGACAGCUCAGAAUUCCCUUCCAGCUAUAGGUCGAAGGCUGCCUGUAGAGGCAAGAAGACAAGGUAGCAACUUUAAUGCGCACUGUUUAUAUUUGAAGACCUACAGAUUCUCUUAAUCCUGUUUUGCACGCUCCCUCUUUUGUUUCCAGCAUGUGAGGAAGAAAAUGGGAAGGAGGAAACAGAAGAUGGAAGAGAACGAGAAAAUACUCAUCGGGCACAACAACCAUCCUGUGAACAGGAAGAAGGACUGAAGGGUGACCAUGAGGAGUUUCCUGCUGUGGCUCCUGAUGCCCCUGUGGUGCAUGAUGAAGGACGCAAGUAGUGUGCCAUGUAAAAGGGAGGAUUGGAUACUAAUCCUAGACAUCUUAAAGGAUCUGUCAAACUCUGUAUCCAGCUCAGUGGAUAUAACAAAAUACUUGGGUCAAGAAUUCAGCAGCCUGUUAAUAAAUGGUACCAAAAUAAAGGAAUAGGAGGAAAGUUGUUGACGAGCAGGGCAAGCAUUGGCCAUCACCACACAGGGCAUUGUAACGGAGCUCCUGGAUGGCCAGGUCUCCUGGAUGGCCAUCUCUCCAGUACCCCUUCAUGGGAACGGGGAAACAGAGAAUCAAUGAGAGUCCAAAGACCAGUUUGGACAGGUCACAGCAUAAUCUUCAGUCUCCUGUGCCUCUGGGAAUCCCUCACUCACAACGAGCUAGAACGGUGACCUCUCUGCCAGUAUGGAGGAGAGGUCAUGUUACUAAAAUAAAAAGUAUUGUUUAUUCCGAGUUCGCCGGGAAAGCAUUGUACCCUAGUGAAUGUUGCACCCACUCUGCUAAGGAAAUUCUAUGUAUAUGCCCUUAUAAUGUUCUAACAAAUUUGUCUAGAUUCAAAGUGGCCAUCACUGAGUAACUGGUGCACACGGAGCUGGUCCAGAUGAACGGUACCUACUGGUGUGUGACUGCCCAGAACCACUCUAUCGAGCUAAAUGGAAAGCCCUGCCCUCGAGACAUCCAUCCGUGUGCAUGACGGUCCCCCGAAGGGGAACCCUGACUGACAGGACGUGGCUCCACCGCACUCUGCCAAUGACGGGUAACCUAACAUGGGAUCCGGAAUGGCACUACGGCAGUAAGUAUCUAGAGGAGGGUCUACAGGCCCUGCAGGCGAAGAUCGAGGAGUUGGUGGCCGAGGCCCAAGACACAUUGGAGAAGGCCGUCCGAAGUACACUUGGAUAGGGGAGACCGUGGACCAGGUCGCUGUUAAGUACUCUGAGGCACGGAAUCAGGCAGUGGAGGUUAAAUCAAUAAUUAUGGGUGAUGCCAUCUCAGGUGAAGAGAUUCCCCUGGGGAUGGCUCUGGGUGCUAUUCUGCCAAAUUAGGUGGAGCAUGUCCAUUCUGACAUUCCUGAUGGUGUUGAUACUUUACUUGCAACUCCGAAGUAAGCAGAAAAUUGUUUUAUAUUUGACCUGGCGGGUUAGGGAACCCUAGGGUCAAGAGGAGGGACUGAAGGGUCAGAAUCCAUUAGCUAUGGAUGUAAGAUCUUGCCUACAGUUUCUCCUGAGAACUUUUCAUAUAGGCCUGGAGUCCACAGCUUGGCUUGGGCUAUGGGGUCUGGCUAACAGAGAAUAAUACCCCAGCUUCCCUCUUAGCUAUGUAAACAAAUAACCUUGUUUGUUUCAAGUCAGUGAGCGGAGUCAGCAUAACUCGGAAUGUAAUUGGGCGUCCUUAUCACAAGUUAUAGACACCAUGAAGCGCUGAGAAAGGCCUCAUGGUUACUCCCUCAUGCAAGGAGGAGAUAGUGGUACAAUACUCCUCAAUCCCAGACAGAGUUCAGGGAGAGGCCCAAUAUAAUUGACAUGCGUUAGGACACUCUCCCCUCGCAGAUGUAUGCCAAUCCUAGCCCACAGAAAUGCAAGGGUAAACUUAUAAACAGUUGUUAAGUAUUACUGCCUUUUUCGCUUUAAAUCUCCAGGAAUGUACCUGUCAGUCAACUGGGAUUGCUGCUACCUCAUUCCCCUGGACCCCAAAAUUAGGAUUUAACCUAUACACUUUAAUAGACACAGUUUGGGGGUAAUGACCUGUGUGUCAGCAAUAUGUUAAUUUGAGCCUUGGAAGGAAUCAUUAUGUAAUCUUUUAGAUCAUUGGCUUAUUGUGCUUAUCUUGUUUUCCUGCUAGAAUCUAUCGAGGAGUUUGGGAAAACCCACCCCUGUCGCUUCUCUUUGCCCAACGAGCACCCUAUAUAAUCUAUUGCUUAUUAGGCUCAGGCACUGCAGAAGAAUUAAUUACAAAGUGACACUCUGCUAGUGCUGUGCGUAAUAAACUCCUGUGCUUGACUCUACAUGGUGUGUAUUAUUGUUCCUUCAGCGAGGAAGCUGGAAACCUGGCUCCACAGUAGGGCAGCAGUUGAGCCUUUGGCAUGUUUGGAGAGUUGGAGGCCUGUGCGUCAAGUGUGCCGUCAAAGCGCAUGAUGGGACAGCUCAGAAUUCCCUUCCAGUUAUAGGUCAAAGGCUGCCUGUAGAGGCAAGAAGAUGACAAGCACAUGAGGAAGAAAAGGGGAAGAAGACGAUGAAGAUGGAGGAGGAGGAGAAAAUACGCACCGGGCACUGUCUUGUAACUAGGGUGGAAGUUGCUCUUUGUGGGGUGGGGGAAGAGAGAGUGAGCCUGAACCUGGUAGUACCUCAAGCAGCGAGACCUCCCUGUAAGUAGGGUGCAGGUCUCUUUACCCCUUGACUCCAUUAGGUGUCUGGAGAGAGUGAUCACCCUGUAAGAAUGGUGCAGGUGACACCCCUGUGACCUCCGUGAGGAGGUUGAGCUCUUUAAUCCCUAUGGGCAAUGUAGCCUCCCUGCAAGUAGAGUUCAGGUCUUGCCUUUUGCUGUGGUGGGUUUAAGAACUGUUGGCAUGCUACUCGGUGACCUCCCUGUAAUCGCGGUCCGGCUCCCGUCCCUGUCGUUGGUUUAGGGCUUGCUUAUUAGGCUGGAUGCCAGUGACCUACCUGUAACUUUGGGUUUUGGUCUUUUUUUCCCCCUUUUUGGCUUUCUUGGCACUGUGGUGCUCCAGCAAGGCAGUCAGAAAGACCGCUCGCUUCCGAAGUGUUCAGGUCUUGAUUUUUCAUUCAACGAGGAUAUUGAGCCCUUAAGUACCUUGAGACCGAGUGACCGCCCUGUAAGUAGGGUUGAGGUCUCUCCCCUUGUGAGCUCUAGGUGCUAAACCCUGCUGGCUGGCUAGUUGGCAUUGACCUCCCAGGAACUAGGGUCCAGGUCCGUUCCCUUACACCCGGCUGUCUGACCAGUCGGAUGGACCACCUGGAACUAGGGUUCAGGUCUCUUCCCUUCUUUAAUCCAGGUGAUAGACAUUUAUGGCAGGUGAACUGGUAUGACCGCCCUGGAAGUAGGGGUCAGGUCGCUCCCCUCCUUUUACUUUAGGUCAUAGACACUUAUGGCUGGCUAGUCGGUGUGACAGCCCUAUAACUAGGGUUCACAUCUCUCCCCUUUGAAACCUAGGUGUCACGGAGUGCGGAGGAGUCAGGGUCUCGCACGCCUCCCACUUCCUGCAAUUCACCGUGACUCUCAGCCAGCCAGUAAAACAGAAGGUUUAUUAGAUGACAGGAACACAGCCCCAAGCAGGGUGUGUAGGUACAACCGGGACCCCUCAGCCAGGUCCCUCUGGGGGGCAAGGAUCUUAGACCCCAGACUUGGGGUUCCCUGCCUCUUCCCAGCCAGCCCAAAACUGAAACCAAAAACCCCUCCGGCAGGCUCUCUCCCUUUGCCCAGUUUCCUGGGCAAAGGGGUUGACUUUCCCCACCCCCCCUUCCUGACUCAGGUUACAGGCUCAGGUACCGUCCCUCACCUAAAGUCAUCCCCCUGCUCUCCCAUCCCCCAUGCAGACAGUCCAGUAAAACUAAAUGACACUCCAGGUCAAUCCAUCCCACUCCCUACUGCGUCACACUAGGUAAUAGAGAAUUAUGGCCAGCUAGUCAGCGUGGAGCACCCUGUAACCAGGGUUCAGGUCCGUUUCCUUUUGACAGCUAAGCAAUAGAGAAUUAUGGCCGGCUAGUCGGCCUGACCGCCCUGUAAGUAGAGUUCAGGUCUCAUUCCUCUCAUCUGUGGCAUGAGCAUGGUGACCUUUUGUUGCCUUUUUAAUACCUUGUGCCCAUAGCCUUUUGCGGUUAGCUCUUUUUCUGCUUUGGGAAGUUCUGUGUCAUGUCUGUGUUGGAGAGCGAACGUGAUGUGCAUGGGUGUGGAAGGGCUUUUUAAUUUUUAUUUAUUUGUAAAUUGCUGCAGCUUUUUUGUUUUUUGGUUUGUUUGAAUGAGCCCUUCCCAGAACUAGAAAAAGAACGUGUUUGUUUUUAUGGCCCCUGUUUAGCCAUAUAGUGGCACGAUUGAUGGUUUGGGUCUCGUGCCUUAAGGCUGAAAAAGCGUUUGGGCCCCUUGCUUAAGUUCCUCUAGACCGUGUGGUCUCCCUGCAUCUGCAGCUCAGGUCACGUCCCUCUCCCUUCUGGGGCAAUGAUGGACUGCCAAGAACCUUAGGUCAGAGGGACCUCUUUUCCCUUUGAUACGUGAGCCACCUCGUUUAGCGAUUUUCCCCCCCCCCCCCCCCAAAGUCUCAAGCGUUCAGGUGUCAUCCCUGGCCCUCCCAUCUCUUUUUAGUCCCUUGUCCUAGAGUGGGUGCCCCGUCAUUAGGUGGCAGGUCACAUGACUCGCUUAUGAGGGGGUUAGUGAGCCCUUUGGGCACCUAGAGCGGCGAGACCUGCCUGCAAUUAGAGUUCAGAGGUGCCUCCUUUUUGCUUUCAUGUGACUCUUCUCCUUUGGCUUCUGAGUCAGAGUGACCGUCCUGUAAGAAGGGUGCAGGUCACGUCAGUGGGGAUCUGGAGGCAGUGGUAUCUAGAGCAGCGAGACCACCCCGUAACUACACUUCAGAUCGUUCCCCUCUUUUUCUCUUGGGCUUAUGAACCUUUGACAGGCUGCUCGGUGUGAUUGCCCUGCUUACAGGGAGUAGGUCACUUCUUUCUCAUUUAUGUGAGAUUAGGGGGCCGUCUUGGCCCCCCGAGAGCUCCCUGUAACUUAGGGUAGAGACCAAAACCCUUCUUAGCAUCUUGUCAUUAUGCUGCUCUUUCAGGCUAGCCAGAGUGACCAUUCUGUAAUUAGGGCUCAGGUCACGUCCCUCUCGCUUAUGGAGGGGAAUUCAGGUCUUAAUCACUUGGGCCUUUAGACCCUCCAUGUAAUCAGGGUUGUGGUCCUACUCUUUUUCCGCUGUUGUGGGAUUCUGGCCCUUUAGGCUCAGCAGAGGGCCUUCCUCCAUGGUUAGGGUGCAAGUCACGUUGGCCUCUCUGAUGCUCCCGGCACAGUGCUGUCCCUCUGGAGUGCCUUUCAAGCUCGCCCUGGGUUCUGCAGCGACACUUCUUGAGUUCUGCCUCGCUUUUGAUCGUCGGAGUCCAGAGAGUCUGCAACAACUGCUGUUGAAUUCAAGGCAUAACAGAUGUAUCUGAAGUUGUCUGGCUUUUACAGUCCAUUGGUGAUGGGCCAUCAACAGAUGUAUUUUGACUUUUUCAUGAAGGUCUGGGUUCACAGGAAGAUUGUGUGUGGGGUGGGGAGUGAGGUAAUCCAGGUCAUCAGUUCUCCGCUGCGACCCCACCCAAGAUGACAGUUUGUUUCCAGCAAAGACUGAACUGAGGGGAGAGAACUGAAACCAGGCUGGAAGGGCAUCUGGCCUAUGAAGAUCACCACAUUCAGGGGGCUGAUGGGCAGGGAAAUUAAGAAGCUACAUCACAGGCAUGGAACAUGAAGACAAAAGUGAGAGUCUGCAGAACCUGGAGGAGUUUCACGUUUCAGAAGAAUACGGCUUUGUUCUCCCAGACCCACUGACAGAACUGCCAGAUUAUUACGCUCCCUGGAUGAAUGUCGCAGCCAACCUGCCCCACCUGAUAGAGGGACAUCAGCUCCGCCGGGAAGUAGCAAAGAUGCCGCUGCUCAGCACGCAGUACCUGCGAGGACACAGGCAGCUGCGCCUGGCUCGCCUGGCUCUCGGCUUCAUCACAAUGGGAUACGUAUGGCAAGGAGGUGGCAGACAGACAGUGAAGAUCCUUCCCAGAGCGCUCGCGGUGCCUUACUGCACGAUCUCAAAGCUUCUCGACCUGCCGCCCAUCCUCGUCUAUGCAGACUGCGUUUUGGCAAACUGGAAGAAGAGAGACCCCUGUGGACCCCUGAACGCAGAGAAUCUCGACAUCCUGUUUUCAUUCCCUGGAGGGGACAGCAACAAAGGUUUCUUCCUAGUCUCUCUUCUUGUUGAAGCAGCAGCUGCAGCUGGAAUCAAGGCAAUCCCCAUUAUUGUCAAUGCCCUAUUGCACCAUGGCCUUUGCUCCUUGGAAACAGCACUGCAGGAUGUGGCCUUGUCUAUAUGCAAGAUGCGUGAAGCUUUCAAACUGAUUCACGAGUGUGUAAAUCCAGAAGCGUUUUUCAGAUCCCUUCGCAUCUACCUCUCAGGCUGGAAGGACAAUUUCCUGAUGCCAGAGGGGCUGGUGUAUGAGGGGGUGUGGGACAGCCCCAAGCAGUUUUUCGGCGGCAGUGCAGCGCAGAGCUCGACAUUACAGUGCUUUGACGUACUGCUAGGAAUCCAGCACAGCGCAGCCCAAGGAUUCUCAGCAGAGUACCUCAGUUGCAUGAGGGAUUACAUGCCAGCGGCUCACAGGGCCUUCAUUCAGACCCUAGCUUCUGGCCCCUCCCUCCGGCAGUUUGUCCUGGCAACAGGAGACGCAGGCCUGCAUGCAGCUUUCAACAAGUGCGUGUCGGCGCUGGCGGACCUACGGAGCUAUCACAUACAGAUCGCCACCAAGUACAUCACCAUCCCGGCUGGGAGGUGCCGAGCGGAGCAGCAGCAGCUCGGGGGCUGCAUCCACAAGGGCACGUCAGUGCUCUUAGAAAGGGGAACCGGCGGGACAGGGUUUAUGCGCUUUCUCAAAGCCAUCAGAGACACCACCCGAAAGGCACAGCUCACGGAGCAGGAGGCAACGGUGCCAACACACUGACCAGCCCACGGUGACGGCACAUUCGGAUGGGCCCCUCCUUGCCCUGCCCCUCUCCUGGUGCUGUCAGCCCUGUGUUAGCCAUGACCCUGAGAUGGGAUGGGACAGCCGGGGCAUGGGGAAGGAUUGGGCCUUCUCCUCCACAGUCCAGGGGAGCAGGAAGGGAGCGCCCAGCCUGACCUGUGGACCAUUGCAAGUGGGUGUAUCCAUUGAAACCACAAGGACUGGCUGGGGCCCCUGGCCCAUUGAAUGGCACCUGUGCACACUUUGCAGCAUGGGCAAGGACAACCCAGCCAUUACGGCCAGCAAAUCCGUUGCUUUCUAGAUUACACCAUAGAUAUAAAUACAAAGAGCCAGGCAUACUGUCAUAAAUAUAAAGGGAAGGGUAACAACCUUAAUGUAUGCAGUAACAUCAAAUCCCUCCUGGCCAGAGGUACAGAAUCACUUACCUGUAAGGAGUUAAUCCAGGG